GCCGAAGAUGUCGGCUCGGUCAUGUGAUCAACUGUGUCCAAUCACAGCUGAUCACAUGUAAACAGGGAAAUGCCGGUUAUCGGAACUUCUCUCCUCUCGAGCUGUCACGCUGACAGAGGAGAGGAGCGGAGAGCUGGGGACAUGUACACUGAUCAUCAGUGUAGCCCCCAGCAGCGCCACCUGUCAGUGCUCAUCGUGCUCAUCGGUGCCUCGUGCCAGUGCCCAUCAGUGCCACAUAUCAGUGCCUACCAGUGCACAUCAAUGCCACAUAUCAGUGCCCAUCUGAGCUGCCUUUCAGUGUCACCCAUCAGUGCCAGUCAGUGCCACCUAUCAGUGCCGCCUAACAGUGCCAGUCAGUGCCGCCUAACAGUGCAAUGUAUCAGUGCUGCCUUUCAGUGCCCAUCAGUGAUGCCUGUCAAUGCCCAUCAGCGCCACCUACCAGUGCCUCCUCAUCAGUGCCAACUAUCAGUGUCCAUCAGUGCAGCCUAUCAGUGCCCAUCACUGCAGCCUCAUUAGUGCAUAUCAGUG